UCACGCUGUCACGUGGUAUGCCAACAGUUUAAUAAAGGAAGAACGUUCUGUACUGCUAUAGUGAACUAACCAAAUGUUACGACUUCCAGGUUGAUCAAGAUGUCAAAAUGGUGUCUGUGGCAGUCUCUUGUGUGAAGACUGCAAAUGACAGAAGAUGGGGAUCUGAGGCUGCUUCUGAGUGACGUUCAGCCCGAUGUUGAGAAGCUGAUAUCACUGCACCAAGUCCACUGAGAGGUGAAAAAGCAAUGAAGUAGCAAAGAGUUGGACUACUAAUGUACGCUCUAAAAUUGUUGAUGAAAAUUGUUUUUACUGUUGGAGACUCCACUGAAGUAAAGGGAACCAGGCCUGAUGCAUGAAGGGUCACAAAUGAUAUUUGUCUUGACCACUCGGCUCAUUACACCUCUGAGCUCAAAGGUUCUUUUGAAGACCCUGACCUGGAGUUAAACACCGACUUCGGUUCUUUGUGGAAAUGGGACCCGCUCUUGGGGACUCAUGACCGGCCGCUUUUCGAUAUGCCAAGUGAGAGAAAUGAUUCUUAAGGAGUCCAUUUAGAAUGUGCUGACACAGAAAGAACGUGCAAAGCAACUUGCAGGGCAACGUAUAAACCAAUUUGCAAAAUCAGGAUGAAACAAUAGCUUGCUGAUUAAAGAAGCGAUACGGGUAACGGGAAGACAUGCUUAACGGUUGAACAAUAACGGUGUUAAUGCGCUGAGGCUGAUAAGUGGGCCAAAGGGGUAAUCACAUUUGUAAUUUUGUAAUGAGAUUAAAGAAGAAUGUAGGGUAUAAAAAACUGUGCAAAGUGUAAUUCGGCACUCAAUCUAGCAGGAGCUGGUUGGGUCCGACUCUGCAGACUCGAAAAAUAAAGUUUACCGUUCUGCAAAUUGCUGAGACUCAGUGUGUUUCUGACAACGUGGGGGCUCGUCCGGGAUCCACACUCCGGCCGCGGUGGACACGAGGACGGACAUCGGAGACGGUGCACCCCGCCGAGUUUGGCGGUCCCUGACUCCUUGCUCGUCGCUCCAGCGCGGCUUGAGCGAGUGAUAUCCGGACAGCGCAGAGCGGUAAACGGGGAGAAGGGGACAGUACCUGGUACUGGAAGUCCCCAGGACGCACCGGGUAAGUGCCUACUAUUAUAGUAGACGGGUGCGGGAAUAAGUAAGGACGGAGAAGACCGGGAUCGCUACCCGGGGGUCCUCCUGAUAAAAGUCCUUGGGACGCAUCGGGUAAAGUGCCUACUGUUGCAGUAGAAGGGUGCGGGAUUAAGUAAGAGCGGAAUAAGAUGGGAGGGGGUGGCUCUAAAAAGGAAGAGGAAACGGAGAGACCGGGACCAUACCCGGGGGUUCCUCCUGAUAGCCCCCUCGGUAGAAUGUUUGAGAAUUGGGGAUGUGGAAGACUAAAAGGGAAACAAAAGAAAAAAAUGAUACAGUACUGUUUAAUUUGGUCGAAACAGCCGAUAGAAAAACCUGCGGUCUGGUGGCCGUGGCUUGAGUCUGAGGAGGAUUGGGUACGACAAGCCUUAAACAUUUACGUUAAUUCAAAACCAAGUGUAAAACCGGAAGAAAUUGCUUAUGCUUUUUGUUGGGCUCCCUGGCCAGGAGUAACAACAAAGAGUUUUAAAUUGGGCAUUAAAGGGGAGCGGAAGUGGGACCCACUCGAUCAUUUACCCCCUCCCUAUGUCCAGCCUUCUGCGCCCCUUGCGGGAGCAGAGGGAGGACGUGAAGAAAGUGAAAAAACAGAAGAAAUAGACCCGAAGAGGGAAGAGAGGGAUGUUAGGGAAAAAGCAAAAGCAAGGAUCGAAACAAGGAGUGUGACAGGAGCAGAUAAGAAAAAGAAAGACGAAUUAAAAAAGGAAGAGGUACAGCUGUGUCCCCUUCGAGAGGUUCCAAUGGGAGGAGAACGGGGAGGAACAGGAUUUGUAAACGUCCCUCUGACAAGUACCGAAGUACGAGGAUUUAAGAAAGAUAUGAAAACUUUAUUAGAAGAUCCGAUGGGACUGGCAGAACAGUUGGAUCAAUUCUUAGGACCUAAUGUUUACACUUGGGAAGAAAUGCAUGCGAUUAUGGGAACGCUAUUUUCUGCACAAGAGAGGCAAAUGAUACGACAAGCUGCAAUAUCAAUUUGGGGAAGGGAACAGCCGAAUGAGUUACCGGGGGACCAGAAAUUUCCAGCAAACGACCCACAGUGGGAUAAACAAGCAGAAGAGGGAAGACGCAAUAUGCGACAGUGGCGAGAGUACAUCAUUAAGGGAAUAAGGGAGGCUGUGCCAAAAGGUCACAACUUUGCCAAGGCGUUUGGAAACUACCAAGGGAAAGAUGAGAGCCCAACCGACUUCCUCGAUAGGGUGCGGAAAAAUGUGCAACAGUAUGCGGGGGUGGACCCUAAUUCGGCAGUAGGGGAACAAUUCAUACGAAUUGAAUUUGUAUCAAAAGCAUGGCAAGACAUCCGGAAGAAGCUUGAGAAACAGGAAGAUUGGAACGAAAAACCACUGAGUGAAUUACUGAGACAGGCCCAAAAGGUCUAUGUCCAGAGAGAUGAGGAAAAUCAGAAAAAGGCAGCGAAAGUAAUGGUUCAAACCAUCCGCCAAGUAAACUCAGAGAACAAAGAGAAAAGGGAAGCAAGGCCAGAGAGAAGCGGCUGUACUGAGGGAAGGAGGAUGAGGAGGGCUGCACGAUGUUUUUACUGCAAUGAGGAAGGCCACUUUAAGAGGGAGUGCCCAAGAUAUCGAAAAGAAGUCGGAGCUUAUGCCCUCAUGGAAGAAGAAUAGGGGUGUCAGGGGUCCCAACCCUUGGGGACGAGAUACAAGCAGGAACCCCUGGUAAAUUUAAAAUUAGGUCCUCAAGGGUCAGAAGUAACCUUCAUGGUCGACUCAGGAGCUGAAAGAACUAGUAUAAUCCAAGCCCCUCCGGGAACCAAGAUUGGGACCAAAACCAUUGGGGUUUCCGGAAUAGGAGGAAAAACUAUGCAGGUCCCAAUAAUAGAAGAUGUACAGAUAAAAUGCGACGACCGGGAAGGUAUUCAGGAUGUGUUAUUACUUCCGUCAGCCGGAUUAGCACCCAAAAAGCUCAGCGGUGGUUGACGGACUCUCGCAUACUGAAAUACGAAACCAUUCUGAUGAUCGGGGAUGAUGUAAGCUUUGAAAGGAACAAUAGUUGUAACCCGGCACAGUUCUUAUACGGGGAAUCAACAGGGGAGCCCGACAAACAUCAGAAGGCGAGUGGAAGACCCCCGACGGACGGCAAGUACUGAAUAAGGAAGUAACUCGUCAUGUACUGCAACAACUACACCAACAAAGCCAUUGGGGAGUGCAAGCUAUGUGCGACACUAUCCUAAGGGACUAUGUUUGUAAAGGGAUAUUCACACUAGCUCAACAGGAGGUGUGGGGCUGUUACACCUGCCAAAAGGUAAACAAGAAAAUGAUGCGUGCCACCCAUAAGGGGGGACAAACACUAGCCGUCCGACCGUUCCAUCGGAUCCAAAUAGACUUUACGGAACUACCACAAGUUCAGAGAUGGAAGUACCUGUUAGUAAUUGUGGAUCACUUCACUAGGUGGGUGGAAGCAUUCCCAACCACUAAAGCGGACGCCCCUACAGUGGCACGGAUCCUAUUAGAAAAUAUAGUCCCGAGAUAUGGAAUAAUGGGGUCUAUUGAUUCAGAUAGGGGAACACACUUUGCCUCAAAAACACACCAGCUAAUCUGUAACGCCUUGGGAAUCCAGUGGAAGCUGCACACCCCCUGGCACCCUCAGAGCUCAGGAAGAGUUGAGAGGAUGAACAGUACUUUGAAGACGCAAUUGACAAAACUAAUGAUGGAAACCAAGCUACCCUGGACCAAGUGUCUACCCCUGGCCCUACUAAGAAUCCGCACGGCUCCUCGAAAAGAUAUAGGAGUAUCCCCUUAUGAAAUGUUGUUUGGCCUUCCAUAUUGGAACAAGGUGGAGGGCUAUCCUUCCCUGCAAGGGGGAGAUGUCUUUGUAAGGGACUAUUUACAGGCACUGUCUCGUUCUUUUGCAGAAUUGCGCAGGAAGGGGUUACUCGCACAAACCCCACCUCUGGACUUCGCACUCCACCGAACUCAGCCCGGUGACUGGGUCCUGAUUAAGACUUGGAAGCCAGAGAAGUUACAGCCGCAGUGGGAAGGCCCAUUCCAGGUGCUACUGACCACCGAAGCCGCAGUAAGGACAAAAGAAAAAGGGUGGACCCACGCCGCGAGAAUCAAGGGACCCGUAAAGCCCGAAGAAGGUGCAGAAUGGACUUGCGUCCAGGGAGAAGACCCGAUGGUGCUAAAGCUCAAAAGACGGACAGAAUGAACUUUGGGACUGUAAUGUAUAUACUGCUAUUGUUGAGAAGCGCUGAAGGGGGAUGUGAUAAGUGCAGGACGACGGUAAGGGUGGGCAUGACGGUUUUUCCAGGGUCCUUUGUAUCACACUCUCAUGUAAACGAGAAAUGUUAUGACUACAACAAAAAGGAGGAAUGCCUGGAAAACGGAAGGCGAUAUUAUCAAGUAAGAAAUAAGGGAUAUGUGUGGGGGUUUGGGGGCCAAGGAUUAGGGGUAUAUGGGAGUGUUACCACUUGUCCUCCCAAGGAUAAAUGGCUAUGCAUUAACAAGGGAGGACAGGGGGAUAUUCCCUCGAUAUUGGUAGACGAUUAUGUGGAUAAAGUUAAGGAAACUAUAAUCCAGAAUGAGAAAAAGAAAAUAGCUGAGGAAACUCAACACAGACAAAAAGCUGCAGUCUCCACAGACCCAUCGAUAUACCAAGAAAUAGAAAGGGAGAUUAUGCUACCAGACGUAAAAGAAAACCUCUUUAUAGAUCUGGCGACUCGGGUAGCAGGCAGUCUAAAUAUUAGCAACUGUUGGGUCUGUGGAGGGCCACACAUGAGUGAACAAUGGCCUUGGCGGGGUGAAAGCCUAAAUACAUGGGAAUUAAUUCAGCGGAACUGGACGGUGGUUAAGGAUAGAAGGAAGCAGGGGUGGGAACUAACGAAUCUCCCCGAAGGACAAAUAUGUGUUGCGCGGGACGGGGAAAUAAAAGUAGGAAAAAGCCCCUGUCAGAGCAUUAAGUAUAAAGAGCAGAGCGGAAACAUUACCUGGUGGCCAGAGGAACCGAAAUGGUACAUUACCAUAGAACCAAAAGGAAACUGUACGCCCCUCGGGAAUACCCCCGAAGUAUGGAAUUGUACUGGAACGGACCCAUACCACGGAAUUCCCGGGGUGAGCGAGGUUUGGGACAAAGGACAGGGUGUUGCCCCAGAGGGAUUGUUUUGGAUUUGCGGAGGUAGGGCAUACACACGCCUGUUGCCCAACUGGGGGGGAGUGUGUUUCCUGGGAAUUAUCCGGCCUGAAUUCUUCCUGUUGCCCGAGGAGGAUGACAAAGCAUUGGGGGUAAAGGUAUUUGAUUCCCUACGAAGAAGUAGGCGAGAGUUGCAGGUUGGAGACUGGGGAGAUAGCUGGCCACCCGCCCGGAUUAUUGAGUAUUAUGGACCAGCGACCUGGGCUCAGGAUGGGUCUUGGGGAUAUAGGACGCCCAUAUACAUGCUAAACCGAAUAAUCAGACUACAGGCGGUGGUAGAAGUAAUUACAAAUCAGACUGCAUUGGCCCUGGAACUACUAGCUAAGCAACAAAAUCAGAUGCGCACUGCUAUUUAUCAGAACCGCUUGGCAUUAGAUUAUUUGCUUGCGGCUGAAGGAGGAGUAUGUGGAAAGUUUAAUCUAACUAACUGCUGCUUAAAAAUAGAUGACAACGGAAAGGUGGUUCAAAAAAUAUCAGAUAAAAUAAGGAAACUGGCCCACGUGCCGGUACAGACCUGGAAGCCGCUGGGGUAUUGGGACUGGCUGGACGGAUGGUUGAAAGGAGGCUGGUGGCGAACCGCUUUAGGGGUUAUAGGAGGGGGAUUGAUGGUCCUCCUUCUGCUACCAUGUCUGAUCCCCUGCUUGCGGGAGCUAGUAGCUCGGGUGGCAAGACAAGUCAUGCAACCAGGGGCCCCGGCUGAUCCUGUUCAGGUACUCCUACAAAGGGAAAUAGAGCUAGAGGAAGAAGCCUAUGUAAACCCGUGGCAAAAGCCCAACUGAUAGCACAUUCUAAAAAGAAAAAGGGUGGAUUGAGAGAAAUGAUUCUUAAGGAGUCCAUUUAGAAUGUGCUGACACAGAAAGAACGUGCAAAGCAACUUGCAGGGCAACGUAUAAACCAAUUUGCAAAAUCAGGAUGAAACAAUAGCUUGCUGAUUAAAGAAGCGAUACGGGUAACGGGAAGACAUGCUUAACGGUUGAACAAUAACGGUGUUAAUGCGCUGAGGCUGAUAAGUGGGCCAAAGGGGUAAUCACAUUUGUAAUUUUGUAAUGAGAUUAAAGAAGAAUGUAGGGU